AUGGCUGUGAUAAAAGUUGAACGUGGAUCAAUUGCUGAACAAUUGUUACAAUUCGGUGAUAUAAUCACAAAUAUUAAUGAUAAAAAAAUUGAAUCACAAAAAGAAUUUGAAGAAUUGUUAACAGAAUUUAGCAAAAACGAUUAUAAUAGUAAUAUUUAA